AUGCCCAUAGACCGAUUCAAGGGCAUUCACAUCGUGAUCGACCCGCCAAGCACAGACGACCCAGGACAAGUUGUUCGAGGUUGGCUACAAUCCAUUGCACUGGUCACAGCUUUAAUCCCUCGAUUUGCAAACCCCUAUACGAUUCCUGAAACCGAGAAAGACUUCUUCAUCCCAGAUACAAGACUGUCGGCUCGACUGCCACCCGUCACCAUACAGGUUCGAAACGGCACGAAUCACAAAUGGCAUACAGAAGGGUCGUGGAAUAAAACCCUCCACCAUUUUCCCGUCUUGAAAAAUAGGCCUUCAACUGUACUGCAAGACGAGAGAGCCUUUUCUGAUUUGAAGACCAUACUGACACCCUUGGCACGCCUUAGAAAUGCCGACGCUAUUGAGUUCGAGCUGCCGUCCGCUGCGCCCGUGGAGAGCGACUUUCAAGACUUUCUAGACUCUCUCGUCUUGGUUGCGACUGAGGAGAAACUGUUCGGUUUGAAUUUGAACAGCGAUUUCUACGAUAACGAUGACGAUAUACAGUGUUAUGAGGAUGCUCUACACGUGUGGUUUGACCUUCUUCUUGACGAUAUGCGCGGGCCAUCAGCUGCGGAGUUACGGCGUGACCGAUUCAAGUUCUGGUGUUCAGAGUAUGAACACCAGCUAGGUCGCCGCUUUAAUGGCCUCUGGCGUGACCUUCCCGGAGGUGGAAUGUUGGGCGGUGCUUGCUGGUACUUGGACCAUGCUUGUUGCAACCUUGUUGAGAGAAAAUUUCAUGAUAGGUUCAUGAGUGCUCGUGAACACGUCCUUGCCGCACACAGAAAUAUACUGAGAAGUAAUCGGGAUAUACUCUACCUCCCUCUCAAGAAAGAAGAGGAAUUUUGGUUCCACCAUGAUAGAAUUCACUGUCUUGGACUUGAGUCGGAACUAGGAGAUGAUGAGACUUUCUGGGAAGUCUGCUAUCCAUCUGGGAUCAAACCAGAGUCCGAAAACUACAACUGGGAAAGUACGGAACACAUCCGUAUUCCGUAUCGACUGGAAGCCCCGAAAGAUGAAUCUGACGAUACGGCGAGCCAAAUCUUCCCACCAGACAUUGCAGGGUGUAAGCAUUGUGAUCAGGAUACGUCGGAAAGAAGAAGAAUUGUGCAGAAGUAUGAGUUUGAGCGAGAGGCUACUUUCGAUUUCUCGUCGCGGCAUUGGCCUCAGGUAUUUGGACCUAGCUCAUUCGGUUUUCUCGAAAGCUUCGACGGAGUAAGCGACCUCUGCCAGAAGGUCUAUUUCGCCGGAUGA